AUAUCGUUUCAUGUAAAUUUUCUUUUUCGAACGCGAACGCAUUAAUUUUCAGCAUUUAGCCACGAUAACAAUGUGAAUAUUAUCGGCGCAUUACAGUUUCGACGUGGAAAAAUAAGCAAUUUUAAACAGAUAGUAAGAAAGUUCCAGAAUGUACUACUACAAGAGUUUCUUGUGUUUCACGGUCUUGUUCGUGGUGUGUUACGCUGGGAAAAAAACUACACCGCUGAAAAAUUACGAAGGACCAUGGACCAUAAGAAACGCAAGCAAGAACGCUCUACCGAUUAUAGGAAGAUGUCCGUCGAUGAACAUAGAAUCGUCUUCGAAGGACCAGACUGGCGAAGGCGUUCUCCUAUUCAAGACAAAAAUACAAACGUACACUUUGCGAGUUGUCAGCGUCGAUCAGGAGAUGUAUCAACUGUAUAUGCCGCAUAACACCGAAUCUUUCCUGCUGGGCAACGUCAGCUUGAUACACGCCGAAAAGAGCACCUUCUUGGUCGCAGAACUGCAUACGGAGGACGAAAUGUACUACGCAGUGUUAACCAAAAAAAUCAAGCCUUCCCCUGAUACAGACAAGAAAAUUGAGAAGACUUGGAAAUCUUUGAAGCCCGCCAAGACCGUUUCUCUGGCGCCCGUCGAACACGAGAAUUGCACGGGCGAAGAAACGGGCGUCGGUCCAAACGAACCAACUGUUGAAUCAACAACGGAACUCGGCGGCAUCGAAGUCAACCAACCUAGUAAAGUGCCAGAGGGACCUACGAUGGGAAUUUCGAUCAACGAGUUGCCAAGAACCGAAGAUGAACAGAAAUCCGUGUCUGGUGGUCAAGAACCGUCAACGGUAGACAAAACCUCUACACAGUCUACACCGGCCAUAAUUCAACCGGAUUUAUCUGGCCAGCCUCCUCAAACUUUGCCAAUUGUGGGGAAUGAUACGAAGAAGAUGGGGAAAGGUACUGGAUCCAGUGUUACCUCGUCACUUUGGUUAACCGUUACCAGUGUUUUGUUUUACAUACUCCUCAAUAAUGUGUUUAUUAAAUAAAAUAAUUAUAGGUAAUGGUGUAUUCAAAAUACGAACCAAAAAUUUUUGUACGGCACUAAAAACUGCAUGUUGCUACUCUAUAACUUUGUUGAUGUACAAAAAUGAUAUACCUAAACUAGGUAGGAAAUAAAAAGAUGGUUUCCCUAA